CUCUAGGAGCCUGGGGGGGUUGAGUAUGCACUUCAAUGUACACUAGGUCUGACUUCAAAUCCUGAAAGUACAUGAUGGAAAGGUCAGAAAAAACUUACUUUCCCAUUUUGGUUCAUGGUCGUUUGGCGGGAAAGAUGGCGGAAGGGCUCAAAAAAUGCAUAAGGGCGUAAUUUCCCAAAUAUGGUCAUGUUAUAUAUCAAUCGAUCACGAAUUUAAUACUGAUCAAUAAUCACAUUAGAACUUGGGUCUGAAAAUGUAUCGUUCAAAAGUUAGAAGCAUUUAAGUGAAGUUCGGUAUCUUAUCUUUUCAAAAAAUAAGGGAAACAAGAAACUUACAAGUACAGAGAAUGGAAGAAAUGCUAUAUUUAACUGUUCAAAAAGUUUGAAUGAUGAUUUAUUGAAGGGGAUACCAUUGAGUCAAUACGAUGAUAUCAACUACCAUGUCAAUACUUGCUAUCCCCGGUAUGUACGUUCUAAAGAGAGAUUUGAAAGUAGGAAUGAAACAGCAACAAGCACAGAAGAUCUUGAAGUUAAACCAAAACGAAAAAAAAACAAAUGUUUCCAGUCCUCCACCUCUAGCUGAGAAGCCAUGUGUUAUUUGUAACCAUAUCAAAUUCAAAGGUGAUUUGAAGCGUUUUCGAAUUUGCGAAAUAAGACGAGCUAAUUCAUUUUUAUCUGCAAUAAAAUUCAACAAAGAUGCUGUUUAUGACAGAUGUGUUUUACUCAAGUGUCCUGGUGAUAUUUUUGCAGCUGACAUUGUGUAUCACAGAAAGUGCUUGAAUGGCUAUAUUGUGAAAUUUGAACGUGAUAUAGAAGCUAUAAUGCAUGCCAGAAACGAACAUCAUGAAGGGGCAGUAUUUGCAAAUUCAUUUAAAAACUUCCUUUCAACUCUGGAUUUGAAAAAACAUGCUUAUUCAAUGUCAUUUUGUCGAGACCAGUUGAAUGAAAUUUUGGAAAAGGAACAUAAUAGUGAAGCCUAUGUUACGAACAGAACAUUGAAGACACUUCUAAUUGACAACUUUGGAGAAGAAUUAUCAUUUACAUAUCCAAAAGAUAGGAAGAAAUCACAGAUGUUUUAUUUAUCUGACACACACACUACUGCAACAGUUAUAGAAACAAUGCGAACAAACAACCCAAUUGAAGUAUGUGCAAAUAAAUUGAGAUCAGAGUGUGAGAACUUUGACUUUAACCUCGAUAACAGCUUCAGAUAUGCCAGUGAUUUAGAGCUAAGUUUACAGUACUAUCAUUCAAGUAAUUGCCCAGUGUAUUCACGACACAUGUAAAUCGAAAAAUCUGAUUCAAAUUUUGAACCGCUUAGGACUGUGUAUCAGUUAUGACGACCUAGAACGUAUUGACAUUGGCAUCACCCAACACACAAUUGAUAUAGCUGGUACAAAUAGAGUACCAAUAUCAAAAAGUAUCACAUCAACUUCCAUUAUUCACGGUGCUACUGAUAAUUUUGAUCAUGAUGAAAACACACCAUCUGGAAUAGGAGGGAGCCAUGAUACUAUCCUCAUGCUCUUUCAAAAUGAAAAGAAGGACCGUGAGGGGAACACAAUGAGCCAAAAAACUGAAGAAAUUCGUAAAUUUUCACGACAGAAAAGAAGUCUUAGCUGUGCUUUAGAUUGCCAGAAUUUGAUUAAGAUGGAAAGAUUUUCAAAACGUGGUGAAAUUUCAAAUGAUUUCAUCUCAAAGAAGCCUCCAAAUCUAACGGCUGUUAUUAAAAAAUCACAAAAGUAUUAUGAAACAUGGAUUGCUGCAAGGUAUUUCUCUGGUGAUAGUAAUGCUGGUAUUCCAAACUGCAAACGCGAAGAGUGUCAAAACCCAUUUGGAUGAAAUUAGUAAAUCUCUAUAUCAUCAACGAACAAAGGCGCAUGAUAUUUUUGUUAUAAUAGUUUUUUAUAUAUAUAGUGUCGUUUUACUCUUAUCGUUUGAUCAAGAUUUUUUAUCAAGAGCCUGAAUAAAAUAAUUUACAAUACUCCAAAUUAUGAUCAGUAUUAAAAUUUUUAGUUUAGUAUGCUUCACUUAAAUGCUUCUAACUUUUGAACAGUACCCAAGUUCAGACCCAAGUUCUAAUGUGAUUAUUGAUCAGUAUUAAAUUUGUGAUCGAUUGAUAUAUAACAUGACCAUAUUUGGGAAAUUACGCCCUUAUGCAUUUUUUGCGCCCUUCCGCCAUCUUUCCCGCCAAACGACCAUGAACCAAAAUGGGAAAGUAAGUUUUUUCUGACCUUUCCAUCAUGUACUUUCAGGAUUUGAAGUCAGACCUAGUGUACAUUGAAGUGCA